CAUGAUGGGAGCAUUUAGGAGAGGAUGCGGAGACAUCAAUGAAUGCAGGUUCCAGAACAAUCCUUGCUCUUAUCAAUGUCAGAAUUCAUAUGGUGGAUUCAAAUGUGGAUGCCCAAGAGGAUACUUCGGUCUCGGUGGAAGCCAAUGCAUAAAAGCUAACAGCGGUUUCCAGCAACCAACCGGGCAAUGCUACGACUGCGAACCACUUGGAAAUGCUGACUUUGCAAGAAUGGAAAUGCUAAGCGGGUAUGUUCAGAAUCCUCGACCAGUUAAUACAUCUGUUCCAAUCAUUAUGCAUCUCAGCCUACAAAACCUGAACCCACGUCAACGAUUGAUCCAACUUAUCCCAGCUAUCCGGAUAUUGAAGGAUCACACAUUGUACAAAAUCAUCGGAGGAAACAAAGACAGAAUGUUCAUGAUUAAAAAUCAAAAUGGCGUCCAUUCUAUUCAUUAUGAGGAAGAUAUAGAACCAGGGAAAUACACCAUCAAACUCAAAGUGAUUCCUAAAAUCGGAAGAAAGGCGGCAAAGAAAGCGAGCCUUGGUAUUCAAGAGAUGGAAGCAACAAUGAAGAACAAAUUCAAAAUUGAAAUUGUGUUUCAUUUUGAAGAGUAAAUGAAUGAUUUCAAAAAUAUUAUUGAAUAUAUGUAUAUCUAAUAAUCAAUAUUUAGCGAUUAAACAAACUGUUUUUGGUGGAUGGGCGCGUAUUUGUAUGUAUUUUAUU